AUGUCUGCAAACAGCAUCUAUGUUAAAGGAGAUACAGAAAGCCAAAUUACCGACUUGGCCCUUUAUAUUGCUAAAUUAAGAGGUGAAGAUGGUGAUAUGGACGCACCUUAUGUUAAAGAGAUUCAGUCUAUCUACAAAGACAAGAAGGAUGCAGUUUAUACUCAACUUGCUAAGGAUGCUUCGAUUUUUCUGACUGAGAAUAACAAACAGGUCGAAGGUGCUUUUAACCUACUUGUUGUUCUCGUAUUGCAAGCCCCAGAAGCCGUUCUUAAGGAUGCAGUUUUUACUUUGAUUGAUACAUUGACAAAGACGGAAAGUAGCAAAAUCGGUUUAAAGCAAAAGAUUUUGCUCAACUUAUAUAACGCUCUUCCCAACGACUCAACUCUUCGUUACAAUGCCUUCAUCGCUUUGAUCGAAGUAACUGCACAAGCUGACGAAUUAGAUUCUUUGAUCGGUCAAUUAGAAUAUGUUGAUACUUGGGCUAAGCAAUGGGGAAUUGGCAAGGAAACCGAACGUCAUUUGUAUCAAUAUUUAGACGAAGUUUUAUUAAAUGCUGGUGAAGAAAAACUCUCUCUCAAAUUUGCAUUGAGAAACCUAUCCACCUUUGAGGCCAGGGACGAAAAGUCAAAGAAGAUCGCUAAAGAUGUCAUUAUCCGUGCUAUUGCUAUGGAUAAUUAUUUUGCCUUUGAGGAUUUACUUCAAUACCCUGCUGUUCAACAACUCAAAGAAGACAAGAACAGCGAAGAAUAUGCUUUGUUAGAUGUCUUCUUGAAUGGCAAUUUGUCCACCUAUCAGGAAUUUGUGAAAUCACACCCUAACGCUGUUAAAUUAUGCCCAUCACCCGAAAAUAAUUUACACAAGAUGCGUUUAUUAUCCUUAGCUUCUUUGGGUUCAGAAAACCUAUCUCGUGAAUUGAAGUAUGCGGAUAUUGCUGCUAAUUUACAAAUUUCUGAAGACGAAGUUGAAAUGUGGGUCAUUGAUGUUAUCCGUGCUGGUCUCGUCGAAGCAAAAUUGGAUCAAUUGAAUAAGACUGUUUUGGUACACCGUAGUAUUUAUCGUGUCUUUGGCACAGAGCAAUGGAAGAAGUUGAGCACAUGUCUGAAUGCUUGGAAGAAUAAUUUGAAUGAAAUCUUGACUGUUAUCGGUAAUGCUAAGUUGAUUGCUGGUGGAAACACUGCUGCUGUUACCUCAGCAAUUGAAAACAAUGCCAAUGCCAAUCAAUAA